AUGCCAGAAAAUGUUAAGAGGAACCAGACGCUGGUCACAGAAUUUCUCCUACUGGGCCUCGGAGACCUCAAAAACUUCAGGAUUUUACUCUUCAUUGUCUUUCUAAUCAUUUUUAUUAUGGCCUUAACCAGCAACACCCUUGUCAUUAUCUUGGUUGCAGUCAACCAGAGUCUUCACUCUCCCAUGUACUUCUUCCUCAGCCAGUUGUCCCUGUCUGAAGUCCUCUUCACCUUUCAGAUGAUUUCCCAGUGCUUGCUGCUGGCCUUCAUGUCCUUUGAUAGGUACGUGGCCAUCUGCAGACCGUUACAUUACACCAUCAUCAUGACACUGCGACAUCAGUUACAAAUGGUCAUCUUCUCCUGGCUGGUCGGCAUAGCGCUUUCUGUUGUGCAUUACGUUUUCUUAAAGGAAUUAUCUUUUUGUGACCUCAAUGUCAUUAAUAACUUUUCUUGUGAUAUUCCGGAACUCAUUCAAGUCUCAUGUUCCGAUACGUAUUUGAUAGAUGUGAUUACAUCUGUGACUUCCUUUGCCGUCGUUCUGCUUCCACUCUUGUUCAUCAUAGCGACCUACAUCUUCAUCCUUCGAGCCAUCCUGAAGAUCCCUUCCACCACUGGCAAACAGAAAACCUUCUCCACGUGCAGUUCCCACCUUAUGGUUGUAUCCAUGUACUAUGGCACUUUGUGUUCGGUGUACCUAUCUCCAUCUAGCAAGGACACUGUAAACAACAACAAGUCCCUGUCUUUGCUUUACACCUUGGUGACUCCUCUGUUCAACCCUCUGGUCUACAGCUUUCGAAACCAGGAGAUAAGGACAGUCAUUGUUAAGUAUAUUAGAAUGCUUAACUUAAAAAACAGCAGCCUCUUGCCCUAA